AUGGCUUCUUCACCCGCCCACGUCCUCUGGGGAUGUCUCCUCAUCGCUACCGUAGCUGCCCAAUACGGUGGAUAUCCGCAGCCGGUUGCUGCCGCCCCACCACAGCCUGGUCCCGGCUAUCCGGCCGGCCCGUUGCCCUGGUUGGAGCGCAGCAUGUACGAUCCUGUAGUUAACCAUGUUUGCACCGACGACACGAGCUUCUCGUAUGCCCCGUCCGUCGAGUGGGGCCACCGUCAUGAGCAUCUCCACCGGCAUCGCCGCCUCCACCGCGUGACGUGCUCUCGCCUGUCCGUCGUCUUCGAGGAGCACUGCACCCGAUGCUGCAGAAUUUCUGCCCAGCCGGUGCCCGGAGUUAGCCCGCACGUCGUCCGCGGCCUGAUCCUCAGCCACCGUCGCCACGGCGAGGACAAGGACAUCAACAGGUGCAUCUGCUGUGCCCCAGAAUUGGCCCCCGACCAGCCAUACUACAGCGACAGCAUCGUCCAGCCCAUCUACAACCAGGCUCCGAGCUACAACUAUCAACAGCAGCCACCCGUCGCCGCCGCCCCCACCGGAUAC